ACACUUAGCUUCCCCUAAUUUAAAUCCCAACAUGCUAAGUUACUUGGGUGUUUUGUAAACGUUCAGUUGAAUAAAUAUUGACAUCACUGUUUACGUUUAUCAGCUGUGAAUAAUAAGGUAGUUAGCCAAUUAAAUUCAUGCUCUUAUUUUGAAGUGCAUUAAGACUAUUUACAUAGCGGUUCCAUUUCCUCCUUUUUACCAAUAACUUGAUUUCAAACAAGAAAUAAUAAACAGACUGUUGAGAGCAAGAUGUAAACAUAAACAUAAUAUCUAACGACAUUAUUGAACAUGUAAAUUUAUAAUGUCAAAAUUAAACUGGUGCUCCAGAGUUGCACUCUUUCAACGGCAGAUAUAAUUUAAAUUGAAGUUAGCGCUUUAGCAUUAGCAAAACUUUUUAGCUAGCGGUGCCAAAAGAUAUUUCGAUAUUUUGUUCAAGAAGCAGCUGUCAUGUUUGAGGUCCUGGGGAUGUUCAUGAUCAAACACCAAGUGGUUGUUUUGGUUCUGCAGCCUUGAGGCGCUCCUGGAGUUGACCAUGUUGGGUUCCUCCUGGACGUAAGUCCCUCUGAAGCAGAGGGCCGACAUGGCAGUUGGAAAGAUUACCUUCACCAAGACUGAAAGAGAGAAGCUAGCUGAAGUCCUCUGGCUGCUCAACUGGAUCUCUGUGGUGACCGGAGCCAUUCUGUUUGGACUGGGCUUGUUUCUCAAAAUAGAGAUACAGAAAUGGCAGGAAGUGAUGUCAGAGCAGGGGAUUCUCUAUGUGCCACACAUGCUCAUCACCACAGGACUAGCAGCCUGCGGCAUCAACUACCUCGGCAGUAAGAUCUGCCUGGACUGCGCUGACACCAACAAGUUCCUACGCUGGAAGCUGGUGAUGAUGCCCUACAUAGUUUGCACCUUCUUCUUCACUGCCUGCGUCCUGGUGGGGGCGCUCAUGUGCUACAGUAUUCGGAGUCAGCUGGAGGAGGCCCUGUACCUGGGCCUAAGGAACACAAUGCGUUUUUACAAGGACACGGACACACCCGGCCGCUGCUACCUGAAGAAAACUCUGGAUCUGUUGCAGAUCCAGUUCCAGUGCUGUGGGAACACCGACUACCGAGACUGGUUCCAGAUUCAGUGGAUCAGCAGUCGUUACCUUGACAUGACCAACAGCGCUGUGGUGGACCGUGUGCGCAGUAACGUGGAGGGGAAGUACCUGAUGGACAGCGUUCCCUUCAGCUGCUGCAGCACCCUGUCGUCCCGACCCUGCAUCCAGCACAACCUGAGCAACCCCGGAGCGCACGCGCACUACGACGAGCGGAGCCAGCAGCUGAACCUGUGGAGGCGAGGCUGCCAACAGGCCCUGCUGGACCACUACACCGGCAUCAUGCAGUCCAUCGGACUCACCGUGCUGCUCAUCUGGCUCUUCGAGCUGCUGGUUCUGACUGGAGUUCGGUACCUGCAGACGGCCAUGGAGAACGUCAUCCGGCUCGGGGAUCCGGAGUCGGAGUCAGAGGGCUGGAUCCUGGAGAACAGCCUGGCGGAAACAGCCUGCUACAACUUCAGCAUCAUCAAGAGCCUGGGGAAGUGCUACCAGGUGGACGACGACCCGAACAUCAACGUCCCGACGGCGGCGGCCGACCAGGAGGUUCCGUCCGCCCAGGUCCAGGUCAACGUGACCUCAUGACCUCCUGACACGCUCUGAUCUGGAGAACUGCAUCGACACGUUCUGCCUUCAGAAAAAAACUGCAGCAAAACAAAUAUUUUUUAUAAAGAUUUUAGGUUUUUGUACUCUUCUAAAAAUCAACAACAAAGACUCGAAAAUGUUCCGACACUAAAUGCAGACGGUGCUAAAGCAGAAACAAACAUCCAGGGCUGGAAUCCAGUCUACUCCUUCCUGCUGGGACUCCGUGUUCUCCAGAAACGGAACUGGAGAUUUUAAACCAGUGAGUGUAAAAAAAGCGCCUCCGGGUUGGA